UUAAUCAUUUUCAUUCAUGCAUUAUCUUAACACUUCCACUGGGGUUCAUCUCACAGACUCGCAGCAAGCCAAGGCCGAGACUGGUACUAGUACACUUGGUCGAUGGCUGUUCAGCUCUCAGCCCUAUGGCUGCCAAACUCUCCUACACUCCCGGGACACUUUCUUCAAUGCCCAAGAACCAACCCCAAGUCAUUUCCAACGGCUCUCGCUGCUACACCUUCUCUCUCAUCGCCGCCUCCCACUAUUCAGAUUGUUGGUGGGAAAACUCCCAGUUGGUAUGAAAAUGGGAAUGCCAAUUCCAAAGAUGGCUGCCAAGGAGAGAGUGAUUGGGUUGAUCUAGAUGCUGAUCUUUAUCACUGGACAAAGGCACUGCGUCCUGUUCAGUGGUAUCCUGGUCAUAUAGCAAAAACAGAAAAGGAGCUUAAAGUGCAACUCAAGUUAAUGGAUGUUGUGAUAGAGGUGCGAGAUGCAAGAAUUCCAUUGUCCACAAGCCAUCCACAGAUGGAUUUGUGGCUUGGGAAUAGGAAAAGAAUUCUGGUAUUGAAUAGAGAAGACAUGAUAUCCACCGCAGACCGGAAUGCUUGGGCAACUUAUUUUGCAAGGCAGGGUAUGAAGGUUGUCUUUUCCAAUGGGCAACAUGGAAUGGGGACUAUGAAGCUUGCGCGUUUAGCAAAGGCAUUAGCAGAAGGUGUAAAUGUCAAACGCAGAGCCAAAGGACUACUUCCACGGGCGGUUCGAGCUGGAAUAGUUGGAUAUCCAAAUGUUGGAAAAUCAUCUUUGAUCAACCGUUUGCUGAAGCGGCGAAUGUGUCCCGCAGCUCCCAGACCAGGUGUUACAAGAGAAUUGAAGUGGGUUCGUUUCGGGACAGACCUUGAGUUGCUAGACUCUCCUGGAAUAAUCCCAAUGCGGAUUAGUGAUCAGUCAGCUGCAAUAAAGCUUGCUAUUUGUGAUGACAUUGGAGAGAGAUCCUACGAUGUCGCUGAUGUUGCCGCAAUUCUUGUACAGAUGCUGACUAGGCUUCCAUCAGUAGGCACAAGAGCUCUUUGCAAUCGCUAUAAGAUUGAUGUGGAUGGUCAAUGUGGUCAAAUAUUUGUUCAGAAGCUUGCACUUCACUUGUUCAGUGGUGAUAUUCAACAAGCGGCAUUCCGCAUUUUGUCUGAUUUUCGGAAAGGGAAGCUUGGUUGGGUUGCACUGGAGAGGCCUCCUAGAUAAUGCUCUUGAAUGUUUGCUUUGAAGAUGAGAACUUUUUGAAGCUUCGAGGAAAACUCCUUGACAUGUCAAAAGGAUGCCAAAGUCCAUCAGGGACAGAACUUGGAGAACAAAAAUCUUGGUAAGAUGUGAGAUUUCAUAAUGGUCAAUCACGUUAAUAUGGCUUUAAUUUAUAACAGGGAAAGUCGGGAGUUUCAGGUGAUCCAAACAGAGGAAGUGCCAUGAAGGCAAUUGAAAUUUUGAGUCUUCCUGCCACAAGGUGCAAUUAGUUGUUUUUCAGCUUGUAUUGUCAUCAGCCACGACAAUUUGACAGCCUCUUUUAGUAUUGAGUUUUGUAUGCAUUAUGUAUAGCAAAUGUAUGUAAAUUAAACCCAUAGGCAUCAUUGUUCACAACUCAUCUCUAAAUCGAAAUAUUUAUUUUGUCAUUUUUGUUUAUCUGCCGAAAGAAUCCACCUUCUGAAGGAUAAUUUGUGGUGGAUGUAAGGAUAUGCUUAUUAAACUCAUCUGUAAGGAGGUUCAAUCCAGUACUUCCAUAACUUUAAAGUGAUGAAAGCAAA